AUAUUAGCCAGUUGUUGCUGCACUACAACAUAAGUAUAUAGUUUAUAUUGGAAGGUAAAACGCUCAGUGGAAUGCAAAAAAUUAAUGUGUUAUGAAUUGGAGGUUACAAAGAAAAUGAGAAAAGUAUUUACUGUGGAGAUCAUUACCACACCACACCAGAAUGGAUGAAAGGGGUAAACGUAAGAAAGACAGGCAACCUAAAGCAUGUUUUUACUGCAAUGAGAGCGGGCAUAUCAAAGCCAAUUGCCCAAAGAAGAAACAGGAUGAGCGUAAUCGAAGUUUGAAGUGCUUCAAGUGUGGUGAAAUAGGUCAUUUCCAGAGAAAUUGUACCCAGCUUCACAGUAGAUCUACUCAUGAUGGCUCUACUUGUGGUGUAUCAAAUGGCAAACCAAGAAAAGAAACACCACCAGUAGAGUAUUCAGUCACAAGCGACACUAAGAAAAUUACUUGUGUAUCUGGUGCCUCUGCCAAAGCCAUACGUAGCGAUGACGAGGCCAAAGCAGAACAUACUCAAUUUCCACCUUUCAUUGAUACUCAUUGUCAUUUGGAGUACGUUUUCACCAGGUAUCACCACCAAAGCACUUUCCAAGCAUUCAUGGAAGCUAACAAAUACCAAGAAAACUUUGAUGGGUGUAUCUCAACAUUUUGUGACCCAGCUGCUUUCUCAAGCUUUGGAGUCUGGCAAGAUCUCUUGAUGGAGCCGAAUAUCUGGGGAGCCUUUGGCAUUCACCCUCACAAUGCGAAGUACUACUACAGCAGUGGUCCAGAUCUGGAAGACAAAAUUCUUAAAUGCAUUGAGCACCCCAAGUGUGUAGCUUAUGGAGAGAUUGGGCUGGACUUUGCAGACCAUUCUCCUUCUGAUCAGCAGACACAGAGAGAAGUCUUAGUCCGCCAGCUCCAACUUGCCAUCUCAUUUUCCAAGCCUCUUCUUUUCCAUUGUCGAGAUGCUGACGAUGAGCUGCUUCACAUUAUCUCCGAGUAUGUACCGCGAGAAUGGAAAAUUCAUUUACACUGUUACACUGGCUCAGAAUCAACGGCCAUCAGUUUCUUGGAAAAUUUCCCCAAUCUGUAUUUUGGUGUGUGUGGAAAUGUCACGUAUCGUAAGAAUAAUGAUCUUAGGCAAAUGGUUACUAACUUACCAACACAGAGGCUUGUCAUUGAAACAGAUGCACCCUACAAUACUCCUGCUAAUAUUUCUAGAAAUUGCCGUUUUAGUCAUCCUGCUCAUGCGUUUUAUGUUGCUAAGGAGAUUGCUGCACUGAAAAAGGCAGAUCUUUCAGAAGUACUCAUAACUAUCAGGGAGAACACCAAGAAACUGUAUAGCAUAUGAAAAUACGUGCUAAAAAGCUAUGGACGUCACGCGCAUGCAUAAUUAUUCUGGCCGAUCCCCACCCCUCCCCCCACAAGUGUUAUUUUUUAAGUAAAUGAAUUUCGAUUCUUUGUCAUGCACAUGUAUAAUAAUUUUUAUACAUAUACAAGCAUAAUAAUAGAGGUCACAGUUGUAUCUUAGGAGUGUCGUUUUUUAUGUGAAGGAAUUUCCUUUUUACAAUCACAAAUCAUAAAAAUUAA